AUGCGAUUUCCUCGAAAAAUUCUAUGGAUUUCUACAAUUCGAAAGUUUCCAACCGUCGCUUUUCAGAAUCCUCCUCCAGAAUCCACAAUCAUCGACUGCUCCCAGGUGUUUGAUCCAGAGAAAUGGCUGUCGAUUCCAGAAGAUUCGAAUCCGACGUCUUCGGAAUUGAAUUUCGAAUUUCUGACGACGUCUUCUGAACCGCUAGAAUCUCCAGAAUCCACGUCAUCAAGUGACGUCAUCGAAAAUGAGAAAAAGAAGACGUCAGAGGCCUCAGAAGGCGCCGAAGAGAAUCGAGCUGAUGGUCACGCACCCAUCAAAUGGGCGCUGUCUGUUUUGAUGCAAUCGUUACAGAGAUCCUCAAAAAUGACAACAUCACUCUCGGACAUCGAUGUGACCCUGUUCAAUUUCCACUCGACACGAUUUGCCGAACGUCUUCUGAAUCGUAACGUCUCCAGUGUGGUGAUGGUGGAGUCGUCGCAUGUGUUCUCGAAAAAUGCCAAGAAAUUCGCCUCCAAACAUCCGAACGUCUCCGCCUAUCGUGCUGACAUCUACACACUGAUGGGCGUGGGAAGGAAGAAAACCGCACAGUUCCCAACGAAACUCAUGUUUGCAGACUACCAAAAAGAGGCUCCAGAAGGCCUUCGUCCGUGGACCCUGGAAUCUUCAGAAUCCGAUGAGCAACGUCUCCGUCGACCGCAUCUCCUCGCCGUCCUCCCUACCGUAACCAUCCAAAAAACCAUCGUCGACUCGCUGAUCCAACACGCGCUUCUCCAUCACUCGGGUCUCGACACGAAUACCGUAUUCCGAUUUGGAGAGACCAAUCUGAUGACGUUCUUGUCAGCUGGGAUCUUAUCUCAAUUCAUCUGCAGCUCUGAUGAUCGUCUGGGCUUCUUAUCCCAUCAACAUCGCCGACAUUCGGCACUUUUUCAAAGAUUAUUCGAUUUGAAAAUUUUGGGAUCCGCAGAUCCUCCGUGUGGAUUCAAAUCCACAUCGUUCCAUCCCCAACUGCCGGCCAGUAAGAAGGUGACACAUGAAAAAAAGUUGGGGGAAUUGAAUCUCAACAUCUCGCUACAGUAUCCCGUUCAAAUUUCACCGAAACGCCACGUGGCAAUUGGUGGAACAUCGAUAAGUGGAAUGGGGAGAAUUCUAGUGGACUAUGCGUGCUUUCUGACACAAAUCGGACGGCAGCCGAAUGCGAAAAAUGUGGAACAGGUGGUGAGAACCCUCUGGCCAGAAUCCUCGGUUCCCUCUGACCUCCUAGAAGAUCACAAAAUCGGACAACUGCCUUUGGAUCAUCUCGAAUCGAUUUUCUACCAUAUCCAAGAAGAGCUCUCCACCACUCAAAUUGCUCAUUCUUAUUGCAACGAACUCAAGAUUAAGCGAGUUGUUUGA